CAGGUACCGGGCACAAAUGCAUCGCCCCUUCCUUCUACAGGGGACUGUUGCCCCCAUCUCUCUUUUGCUGGGCUUGCUGGUCAUCUGUACCAUAACGCAUGGCUUUUUUGUCCCAUACCUGCCCUCCUCGUCAUUGUCGUCGUCAGCGUCAGCAAUGAGCGUCGUAUCUGGAUUGUCCGUAGGCAAGGCAGUACCGCGCUUAGGUAGUAGCCAGCUAUGGGCGGAGGUGGCAGAGAAAUCUGAAGGAGUAUCGGAUGUGACGGAACGGGUCAUCACCGUCUCAGACUCGGCCCUAAAGCAUUUGGAAGACCUGCGCGCGAAGCAAGGAGUGGAGCACCUGUACCUGCGGAUGGGGGUGCGGUCGAGGGGGUUGCUCGGGCAUGAGCUACGUCCUGGCGUGAUGAAGCCAGAGGAGGUGACCGAGGAAGAUCACGUGGAGAGCUACAGCGAGCACCACUUCUCCUGCGUCGUGGACCCCAAGAGUUUGCUCUACCUUUUCGGCCUUCGCCUGGACUUUAAGGAUCAGUUGAUCGGGGGAGGGUUCGCGUUUUUGAACCCGAACGCCCAGGAAAGCUGCGGGUGCGGUUCCUCUUUUGGGGUGUAGGGAGGAGAGAAGGAAAAAGCGAGGGGGUGGACGGGAGUGCGCGUGGUCACGCCUCGCAAGAAGGCGGACGUUGCCGCAGGGGCGACGAGGAAGCCUCCAUCUUUAUUUGAGCGAUUUCGCCUUUCUUGCUUCGCCUGAUCCAACCGCCACCGGGGAGCUGCAGUGACGUUGUCGGGACGGUCAUGUACAUUUGUGUCAGUUUCAGCUUUUAGAAAUGGAUGCCAGCGCCUGUUACACCCUAGCUCAGUAGCAGUAGCCGCCUUGGCUAAAAAGGAAUCACGAAAAUUGAAGCGCAUAGUAGUGGA